GUCUGACGCAAAACGUCGGGACCUGCAAGAGUGGGCCCCCACCUCUCCCGCAUUCACGAAAGAUCGCAUGCGACAGGAGCAUUCUCCGCCACAUGCGCCAAAGAAAAAGUCAUACGGACAUCAGACAUGUGAAGAGGACGAGAACCAUUGAAAAAGAAUGGGAAGAGAAGGUGACAAUCGAUCUGAGGGGAUCCGAAGGUGUCGAGGCUGCUGAGAGCGAAAAACGAGAUGUAUCACGGGACGCAGAAGUUAAGGACCACAUGACCGACAGUGAAGAAUAUGAUGAGACAGAGGACGGUGAAGGAGGUAACACGGGCACAUUGAACGAAGAACAAUCGUAUGGAGAAGAUGAGAACAACGAAGAGGAGGACAGUCACAAUGGGUAUAACAACACAGAGGAUGAUGAUGACAAGGAUGAUGAUGACAAGGAUGAUGAUGACGAAGAACCAUCCCAAAGCAGUAGGACGGAAGAAAGGCGUAGCGAGGACAAUAAGAAAAAGACGUAUCAAAAAACGCAAGGAGGAACAAGUGAUACAGGCACAGAGGAAAGCAACGUCGACAAAUAGUUAGUUCUGAAGGAGAAGGCAAUUGAAGGACGUAAGUAAACAAUGUAUGAGAUAAAUCAAAACCUCUGAU